AUGGCCUUUCUAAUGAAAAGUAUGUUGAGCAACCAGGUAAAGAAUUUGGGACUUGGAGGUGGAGGGGAAGAAAGCAAAGAAGAAAGCACUCCUUCUGAUCCAGCAGCAGCUGCAGGAAUGACCAGGGAGGAGUAUGAGGAAUAUCAAAAGCAAAUGGUUGAGGAGAAGAUGGAAAGAGAUGCAGCAUUUGCACACAAAAAAGCAGAACGAGCCUGCCUGAGGGUUCACCUGAGAGAGAAGUACAGACUCCCAAAGAGUGAGUUGGAUGAGAAUCAAAUACAGAUGGCUGGAGAAGAUGUGGGUUUGCCAGAAGACCUUCAGAAGAUGGUGGCAGAAGAUCAGGUGGAGGAAGAGGACAAGGACUCUAUCCUGGGGCAGCUGCAGAACAUCCAGAACAUGGACAUGGAUGCGAUCAAAGAAAAGGCACAAGCUACCUUCACCGAAAUGAAACAGGCAGCUGAGCAGAAAUGUUCUGUGAUGUAGAAGAGACACUUCUGCCCAGAGGCUGGGGAAUCAGCCUUGUCCCGCAGUGGCUACAGAGUGAGGGGAGGCAGAGGGAUGCACGUAGCUCUAUAGCAUUAACUGUAAAUAGAGAAAAGCGAGAGAGAGACUUUAGAGCCCUGGGGAGGGGUCACAAUUUGUGUGCUGUGACUGCUUAGUGCUAAGUUAGAACUGAUCCUCAUGUUUCAACAUGACAUUUUUCCCCAUGGAAAAAAAUAUGGCUUCAAAAAAGCCAACGCUGGGGAAAAAAUGUGCCUUUUCCAUUUUUCAAAGUGAUCUAAAUGUUAUU